AUGUCAGUAGCCAAUUUAUUCAUAGAUAAACACAAAAGACCAACAAAAGACCAAGGCAUUAUGGACAUUGGUAAGAAUUGUUUCUUUUGCAGCCAGCUUGAUUUUUUGCCAUUUAUAUGUGAGUUUUGCAAACAAACGUUUUGUUCUCUGCACAGAACAGUGGAAAAGCAUCAGUGUCCUUUUAAGGAUAAGUUUUAUAACCAGGCACCUAAUAUCACCACCACCACCACCACCACCACCAUUGCCGCUACACCUUCAAGUAAUACUGUUUCUUCAAAGACGCUAUUUCCUGAUAGAGCUGCGGAUCGAAGAUUGAUAGAUGAGAGAUUAAACAGUCCUAAGCCUACCACGAUUAAAGAAACUGUAUUAAAAGCUGGAGCUGGAAAUAAAGAUGGUGUUAACGCUCUUGGUAAACUCCAGGUAUUUUUAAAUAUACAAAAGAAAAACUCGAGCACAAAGUCCAUUUCAAAACUAUUUGGGAAAUCCAAAUCUAGCUCAACCAUUGUUGAGAUGGGGAAAUUGAAAAAGGAAGCUAUAGGGCAUGCCAAAGUGACUGCACUGGAUCGAAUUUACAUCUGGUGUGUUUAUGUAAAAGAAAGCUCUAAUAUGGGUAUAAACGAUAUUGAACAAAACAGAAAGGCACUUUAUGUUUCCAAAAAUUGGGUUAUAGGCAAAUCUCUAGACUCGAUUGCUGACUGUUUGAAGAUCCUGAAUCAAAACAAUUCAACAACUAAGGAGGAUGAAAAAUUGCGCAUUUUCAAAUUAGACGAUUCUGGUAAACCCAAUUUGAUUCAAAAUUCACAAAAAUCAAGCAUAUUGAAAAACGGUGAUACGAUAUACUUAGUUAGAGGCGUUGUAUAA